GUGCUUCGAGCGCUGUCUGCUAAGCCUGCUCAACCAGAGCACCGUGUCCUAAACCGACGCGAGCAGCGAUCAGGCGCGCUCGCUCCCCCCAAUAUUGCCUUCCCCGUGCCGCAAACAGAUUUGCUAUUCCUUCCUUCUAGCCGCAAACAGCUGAGCGCGACUGCAACCCACUCACGGAAGGAACAGGAGUGUUCUGCUAUCCAAAAGCCUGUCCUUUCACACAAACAUUCGCCUUUUGACCCGUCUCUUAUCUCGCCUUCGCCCCCUAAACUCGCCUUACGCCCUCUAGUUGUAGCGUCAUCAUGUGUCAGCCCGUCGCCCCAUUCGCGGCGGAGCUUCUCCUCCGCCUAGACGGGCCCGCCGCAGCCGCCGCCGCCACCAGCUUCGCAGAGCGCCCCACUCGCUAUCCCCCCACUGCCAUGGUGCUUGCGGGUCCCGCAAAUCACGGCGCUUCUUCCGGUCGGAGUCCCACAGAGUCGACGAAUGAGGCGCUGAGUCAGCGCGAGGCCACCGCCGCUUCCGAGUCCAUGGCGACUCCGAGCCGUGCGUCAAGUUCAAAGGCGCCUCGCAACGCUCCCGCGACUCCGAGCUCGAAGCGUGCGCGUCUCGAGGCGCCGCAAGACUCUCCCGUCUCCCGCGGCGCUUCCGGCGUCUCAGAAAGCGGUGCGGAGCCGCCGCGAAGUCCGCUGCCGCCGACUAACUUCGGGCCUGGCACCGCGCCGGCGCAUUCCACGGCUGCGCACCCCGUGGGUGCGCACCAGACGACGGCGAACCAUCGAAUGCGGCCCAUCACGCUGCAGGAGCUCACGGAGAGCUUCCACCUGCCCAUCAGCGAAGCGGCGCGCAAGCUGGGCGUGUGCGUAACGGUGCUGAAGCAGCAGUGCCGCGAGCACGGGGUCGUGCGAUGGCCCUUCCGCAAGAUCCGCAAGCUGGACCACAUGCUCUGCGCGCUCGAGGGCGCGGUCAACCGCCCGCCCGCGGCUAGCAAGCCGGAGCUGACGGCGCAGCAGGCGCACACGGCGCACGCGCGGAAGCGCAAGAUCGGCGCGGUGAAGGAAACCCUGUCGGGCCUCCUAACGGACCCCAACUCCUCGGCGCACAUGCGGCUCGGGAAGAUCAAGUACAAGCGCUUCCGCCGCUUCAUCGCGGACGACGACCGCAGCACGCGCCCGCGGCCCCUGCAGACGUCCGCUCGCGACGCUGACGUCAGCCGUCCCAAUGCUGACGCUCCGAGCCUCCGUGAUGAUGCUGACGCUGACGUUGGCGGCUCCCCCGCUGAAACCGGCUGUUCCCCCGCCGAUGCGGGCUGUUCCCGCGCUGAUGCGCCCCAGCGGCCGGAUUUUGACAUGAACGAGCCGCCGUGCAGCGAGGCGGACGGGGAUUCGAGCGCUGGAAACGACGUGGCUUGUGACGUGGCUUGUGACGCGGACAACAUUGCUCCCAAGGCUCGGUGUCAGGACGACGUUGCUCGUGCGGACGGCAUGGCUCCCGACUCCUGCUUCACCACGCCGAGCGCCACGCCCACGGCCACGCCACUCUCGACGCCGCUCAUGCCACCCCUAAACCCCGUGCCUCCGCUGUCCCUCGAGCCCUGCGCCAUGAGCCCGCGCGCCCGUGUGCUCCCUCCCUCCAUGCUCUCUCCUCUACCCUCCGCACUCUCCCCUCUGCCCUCCGUGCUCUCUCCUCUACCCUCCACACUCUCCCCUCUGCCCUCCGUGCUCUCCCCCGUAACGCUCGCAUGUGCCCACCCAUUCACCUCCCCCCUGCACCUGCCAUCUCUCCCCGCCCUUCCGCUCGCCUCGCCGCUGUGCCUGGAUGACAGCGAUGAGAAGCCUGUGCUCACAGCAGUGCAACCCCUGCUCACAGCAUCCCUGCCCCUAUUCUCAACCCAACCCGUGUUCACAUCUCAACCCCUGCUCUCUCCGCAAACCCUGCUCAUUUCCCAACCCCUCCUAUCAGCCCAACCCCUGCUCUCAGCCCAAUCCCUGGUCUCACGCCAACACCUGUUUGCGCCCCAACCCCUGCUGACUUCCCAAGCCACAUACUCACUCGACCUCAGCUCCACCCGCAACAGCGGUACCACGUGCAGCAGCAGCAGCGACAACUCAAACAGCACCACCACCACCAACAGCAGCAGCAGCAGGGGUGCUAUCCAGCUCAACAGCCCAGCCACUCUGGCAUUUUCCUUCUGCGGCGAUCCCAUCCUUCCCGCCUUGGCACCCGCGCCUGCUCCGAAUUCACUGGCUGUGGGGUUUCCUUCCAAGUUCGUGCUUUCAGGUGCGGCCCAGCAAAUGUUAAUGCAGAAACACCAUUGCUACAAUGCGUUUGGGUGAUGAUGUUUGAUGCAUAAGGAAAUGAUUUUUGUGUGCAUACAAAGCACAUUCCUUUUGCUUGUAUUCUACUGUACCAGAAAUCAAACGCGUCUGUGGAU